GGGUUUGGGCAGACUGUUCUGUGGAACACAACAGUUCUCAGCAACCAGACAGGAACUGAUUUUUGUUUCAAAGCAGCAGCAGAAGUCGUAUUCAUAUCUUAGUGUUAGAUGGAUGUGUUAAACCACAGGAAAGAAGUGAUACUAGGGCUAUAGUUUGGACACCCAAAACUAAUUUUUUUCUCAUCUUAGCAUCCUCUUUCUGCUUGUUGGCUGUUUCUGAGUCGGAGUGACGCAUGUUUCUCCUCAGCUGUGUUUCUGCUCAGCAGCACUUCUCAGAACCUAAACCAGAGGAGAUUCUUUUUGAUUGACAGCCGGAGGAAUAGCAGGCUCAGAAAGAUCGCUCUGAAUGUGACGAUGAUGAAGAUGGCUUCUGCCUCCACUGUCACCACGUUUCUGCUCUGCCUCUCCGUCCUCGGAUUCAAAGGUUUUUCCGAUGCUUGUGAUAUGUAUGCUCCAAAGCACAGUGAGUUUGCUGUAAAUCUGGAACACCCCCUGGGUGACUCAGACAAGUUGACAUGGAAGCUUGGAACUUCACUUAUCUACAGAAGAGGAACCAACGAUAAAAAAAAAGAGGUUUACAACAAUGGCUCCAUCAAGCUGACAAAUGUCAAAGAGUCUGACCAAGGAGAGUACUCAUAUGAGAUCUUUGAUGUUAAUGGAAAAGUACAGGGCAAAAAGACCAUACGUCUAUGUGUGAUGGACCGACUAAAGAAGCCUGUUUUGAAGAGAGAAUGCAGUGGCCAAAACAUCAAACUGACCUGCAUCACAUCGGAGAAACUAGUUGAAUGGUUUCAGGACGGCAAGAAGUUAAAAGAGACGAGUUUAACCCUGUCAAAGCAAUCCAAAGAUGCCCAAAUUACCAAGUUCCAGUGCCAAGUUUCAAACAACAUCAGUUUAGAAAGAAGUGAUGCGGUGGACAGUUCUUGCCCUGUUCCUGGUGCAUUUUUCCCAGACGAAGUGUUGGGACUGAGUAUCUGGAUUUUCGUGGGGGGCGGAGGAGGCAUCGUUGUAGUGCUGAUUAUUCUCGUCAUUUUUUGCUGCAUCCGGGCAAAACGCAAAAAACAUCUGCGAUUACGGGAUGAGGAGGAGUUUCGUUUGGGCUGGGCCACUACUGGUCAGCAGCAGCAUCCCAGCGCCCAGCGUCCGGCUCAUCCCAGUCACCCCCAGUCAGGGCACUGCUCCCACCAGCAGCAGCCGGCUGGCCACACCGGCCCCCGGCAGAACCGCUCCAGACUGCAGCGCCCCAAAGCCCCCGACCCCCAAAGCGCCGGGGAGCAGCCCCGGCCCAGCCCCCGCCGCGCCGCACACGCCCAAAGACCUGCUGAAAACUGUGAGGACGAGAAGCCCCCUCCCCUUCCUCAGCCCAGGAAAAAGGCUCAGCCGGUGCAAAAAGUCUGACACCACCCAAGUUUAGCCAGCAGAUCUACUUUGUAUCCUUCAUUUUCCCCAUUUUUCAUUGUGUUUGACUUCCAAUAUAUCGAUUUUUUUUUUUUAUUCAGUUUCCACAAAGCAAAUUUAUAAACUGAACUAGUUCAAGCUGAACUAACACUUUUCGGUCUUUAUCGCCUGUUUUCUAAAACUUAGGCUUGUUGCAUUUGUAGUUCAGGGACAUGUUUAGGGGUGUUCGGUGCAUAUUUAUGAAAAACUUAUUUUAUUCUCUGUAAAUGUAGCUUAACAUCUAAGACCUAGAAACAGUGAAAUGACAACACCUAAGUCCUUAUAUCACAUUCCACUGCUUUUUUCUUUUUUUAUAACAGUCCAAACUUUGCUUCACCAUCUUUUAACAUUUUUUGUCUUAAAUUUCGAACUAAAGAUAAUAUUGAACGACAUAAGAUUUGCCAUAAUUUAAAAGACAACAUUAUUGGUAUUCAAUGAGAAAAAUGCGCAAAUGUUCAUGUGCUGAUCUAGACGGAUGUCGGGAGUCAAGUCAAUUUAAUGAACGCAGGAUUCAUCCACUGCUAGCUAUUACAGAAUUCUUAUUUAAAUGUAAACCUCAUCUGGAUAAACAGACACAUCUUGUAGUCCUUUUUUUUUGCUUCGAAGCAAAUUCUUUACGUCAACAUCCAGAAUCUCAGAUAUUAGAAUACUAGUUUCUUACUAUGGAUCUUGUCAGAAGGGCACAAAUGAGCUCUGCUCAAACUGAACAUGAGCAGCCUCUGGCAGCUCCACUGUAAGAUUAUGAAGAUGGGUGUCACCUUUGUAGAUUUUACUCUUAACUUUUUUACUCACUGCAAUUAGCUAUAUCCAAACUAACAAGUGUUUGAGGAAAGUUUUCUCAAGUUUUGAUCAAACUAUUGAUGCUGUUGUUGAUCCUGACACAUACAUAGAUAAGAGCUACAUAUAUUCACAUUAUCACUUGAGCCUCAGACUUUUAAAUGUACAUUACCCAGAGUUAUUUCUAUACCCACAUAUUUUUUAUAUGUAUGUCUAUGUAUUUGAGUUACUUUGCAUCAGCUUUCUUUGCCCAUUAAUCUGUGUGUCAGUUACAGUGCCAAGAGGAAAAAGCAUGAUAUAUUAAUGACAUAUUAGGGUCAUUCCCAUGUGCAUAUUUACCUUUGCUGUGAAUGUACAUCCAUACCAAACUAGACUAGUGUGCACAUAAUAUGUACACAACCCAGUCAUAUGGAAUUUAAGUCUGAAAAUAUCAGUGUAAUAUGUUUGACUUUUUUAAUUAAAAAGAUGUGACUUUUCUGUUUGU